AUGAAUCUCUACACAAAAGCUGGUGGCCUUUUUGGCACACACGUUACGUGGAGUGACAUUGAAGGAGACAUGCAACGCGAACUGAACACCACCGCUUCGUUCGGGCCAAAUAAGUCGGCUAAAGAUAUAGGAGAAGACGCUCUUGGGACGCCUGAAACCCCAAUUGAGAAUAUCCACCCUAUGCGCCAUGCUCGCCCUACCACAAUCCAGUUAUUCGUUGAUUCGAUAGCAAAAGUGACACGUACGGGUAGAAGCAAUGAGGACAUUACAGCAAAGGUCGCAAUCUCGCCAAACACAAUUAUAACCCAACUUGCCCUGCAGAAACUUUCAGCAGAGGUCACAGAGCACAAGAAUGUAAAGAACGUAUUCAACAUUCCCGAGUUUAUGACUAGCAUGGAAAAACGUCAAAAAAAGGCAGGCUUGUACCUUUUCAUUUUUAUUGACUUGCAAGCUGUCGAUUUCGAUAGCUUUUGGUUGGUCACUACUUACAAUCGCCGCGGUGGUCAUAUGAGCAAUAAAAACAGUCGCUAA